AUGAGAUUAGCUGUACUCUUUGGUUUUCUAAUUGCAUUUGUUGCUGUCACUUUUGUUCAAGCUGACUCACUUCAAGAUGAGAUUGAUGGCGCAUUAAAGAAGUUCUGUGGUGGUAUUGCCGUUACUGGUCCUAGCAAGGGACAAACUUUCUCAAAUCCCAAAAAGAUCACAGUUACAGUCAGUAAUGUAUCGUUCUCAAAAAGAAUUACUGCUUUAUCAAGAAAGCCUAAUGCUCAAGCUAAGGUUGUCGUUGGCGUUGAUGCUUACUCUAUUAACAGCAAAGGAAAGGCUACCUAUCUCACCACCGUCUGGAAGGGUAACUACAAGUUGAACAAGAAGGCCACAUUAUCUGUUGACUUGACCAAAGUUAGCAAGCUUAAGUUGCCUGGACAAUUUGAAUUCCGUGUCUGGGUCCACAACACAAAGGGUCCCGAUUGUACUUUGAUGUCAAAGGUGUUCAAGGUCAAGUCCUCUUCUCACUCUAACGCUGUCGAAGAGGCUGAAUAUAAAGGCUUGAAUGAAAACAUUGACCGCGGUUGCUUUGGUGUCGAAGUCACCUCUCCCACUCUUGGCGAAAAGGUUUCCGUAAACCAACAAUACGCCGUCCAGAUUCAACGUGAUUCUGCUGCCCACGCCGAUACUUUGACUUCCUUAGAACUUUACUCUGUUAAUAUCGAAACCCGUGAAUCCAAAUUGAUUCACAGCAGCUGGUCUGGCAGCCAAUCUAUUAACAACUUGUUCAAUAUUAAGGACACUAUUCCCGAAUCUGCCAAGGCUGAAGAUACCGCCUUCUACUACAAGUUGACUGCCACCACACAACAUGAUGAAACUUGUGAAUUCUAUUCCCACCCCUUCUAUGUCAACUAA